CUUUAUUGUCAGUUUCCAAGUAUUAUAUCGCAUGGUGAAUUCAUGGAUUACAACUACUGAAUGCAUAGAUUCUUUAAUAUUGUCCAAACUUUAAUUUCGCAGUGACAUUCAAAAUGCCAGCUGAAAAGCCGAAAAAAGCCGUUGACCUGGCACUAGAAAAUAAAAAGCAAAAGAUUAUAUUCCAUCCAGAUCUGGAAUAUAACUCAUUUGAUGUGAGAUACGCGGAAGUUGAACCGCCGGCAAAAAUAUCGGAAGAUAGAUUAACAUAUACGGGCUCUACCUUAUGGUGCACUGCACUUACAAGAGGAUGUGCCACUACAGGAAAUUGGUAUUUCGAAUGUAAAAUCGGUGAGCCAAUACCAAAUUGGCGUAACUUCAAGCUGCGAGGGUGGGAUUCAGAGAAUAAUAUAGGAGGGAUUGUAGAUAAAAACCCACAUCUGGAGUCGGUGUUGAAACCUUGUGUUAGAGUGGGAUAUGGAGCUAGACUAGCGAGAUUCGAAAGUCCACUAGGGUCAAACGCUUUCAGUUGUGCUAUCGGACAGGAUAAAGGAAGAAUAUAUCAACAUGACUCUAUUAUAUGUCCACCAGAAGAUUUGAUGGAUGACCUGAAACCAGGAGAUAUAAUCGGUUGCGCCCUUAAGCUGGGAACGCCCACAACUAAAGUUCCCGAUCCACGAGCAAUAGCAUACCUGUGGGCAUUCGUCAAAAAAGGAUUGCUUGCUGAGGUCUCCAACCCCAAUGCACUAGAGGAAUUAAUGGUAAUCAACAAGGACUCUGAAUUAAGGUUUUCCGUCAACGGUGUGUGGAGAAAUACAGUUGUCAAAGAUCUGUACUGCGUGGAGUACCAUCCAGCAGUCUCAACAUUCAUGGGCGCUUCAUGCACAUUAAUAGUUGGACCCGAGUUUAACUAUGCGCCACCAGACAAUACAUACAAGCCAGUUAACGAAAUGACCAAUUCAGAGUAUCCAUGCAAAGGUGAGCUGCUGAAGUUCUGGAUACUGGGAGAUACGUCCGUCCUCUCAGAAGGCGCGGUCAUCAACAGGGAGUAUCAUAGAAUUUCACCUAAAGAAGCAAUGAGCUACGUUGCCAACCAUAUCGCUAAUAACAGUGCAAAGACAAAUAACUACACCGCAGAGAACAACAAUGUGGUAAAUGCAGAAACAAAACCUAUUGCUUAACAUUAUUAGCU